UGUAAUUGAAUGUGAGCUCUUUUGUACUCAUCUACCAAGUUAUUGCCCAUCUCUCUUCUCUCUCCCUCUCUCUCUCUACAGUCCCCUUAUAAUCUUUACACGAAUGGCACCAUGAAUUAGAGACGCCUAGCUUCUUUCCCCUCCCACGCGUCUCUCGUUCUCUGCCUUCCUCUUCACCUUCCACAUACUCUCUGUUGUCUUGUGUCUUUCAUCAAUACCCAUUCUGUUUUCUCUCUCUGAAAAUGGGAUCAGAGCAUUGAUAGCUAAACUUUUUCUUUCUGGAGAGUUUUUGCAUUUAUCCAUUUGAGCUUCAGAGCGCCGAAGUUUCAAACUUUAACGCCUAUCUUCCAUCUGGGUCUUCGAUCAAAGACCUCCAACAAUGGCACCAUCCUUCGAUUGGUGGGCCAAAGAGAGCCAUAGAGGAACACCAGUAGUCGUCAAAAUGGAAAACCCAAACAACUGGUCCAUGGUCGAGCUUGAAGCCCCUUCAGAAGAUGACUUUCUCUACCACAACGGUGACGUCUCAAUGCCCAGUCGUCCCAAAGGCAAAGCCAGAAACAAAAACGCCAAACAGCUGACCUGGGUCCUCCUACUCAAGGCCCACAAAGCCGCCGGUUGUUUAACCUCCAUCGCCACCGCAUUGCUCAGCCUCGCCGCCGCCAUUCGCCUCCGUGUUGCUUCUGGCAGAACCGACACCGACACCGAAACCAGUGGUGAAAGGGUUACUGAGAACUUGACUGUGAAAUCUAAGUUUUAUUCAUGUAUAAAGGUGUUUCUCUGGGUUUCGCUUUUGUUACUGGGGUUUGAGGUAGCUGCAUAUUACAAAGGUUGGCAUUUUGGUGCACCAGAUCUUCAAUUAAAGCAUCUAUACACAUUGACAAACCCAUUAACUGUUAAGAGUGUGUUUGAUUCACUUUAUUCAAGAUGGGUUUUGAUUAGGGUGGAGUAUCUCGCUCCUCCUCUUCAAUUUCUUGCCAAUGCCUGUAUCUUGCUGUUCCUUAUUCAGAGUUUAGAUAGGUUAGUCCUCUGUUUGGGUUGUUUCUGGAUCAAAUUCAAGAAGAUCAAGCCAGUAGCCAAACAAGCCACAGUGGAUCUAGAGUCUGGUGACGCUGAUGGUUAUUUCCCCAUGGUUUUAGUUCAGAUCCCCAUGUGCAAUGAAAAAGAGGUUUAUCAGCAAUCUAUUGGUGCUGUGUGCACUUUAGACUGGCCUAAAUCCAAAAUUCUAAUUCAAGUGUUGGAUGAUUCGGAUGACCCAACAACACAAUUGUUGAUCAAAGAGGAGGUACAUAAGUGGCAACAAGAGGGUGCCAACAUUGUUUAUAGGCACAGAGUGAUUCGGGAGGGGUACAAAGCUGGCAAUCUCAAGUCUGCUAUGAAUUGUAGUUAUGUCAAAGAAUAUGAGUUUGUUGCCAUUUUUGAUGCUGAUUUUCAGCCCAACCCUGACUUUCUCCAAAGAACAGUUCCUCAUUUCAAGGAUAAUAAGGAACUAGGAUUGGUUCAGGCAAGGUGGUCAUUUGUGAACAAGGAUGAAAACUUGUUGACAAGGCUGCAGCACAUUAAUUUAGCAUUUCAUUUUGAGGUGGAGCAGCAGGUGAACGGAAUUUUCCUAAAUUUCUUUGGUUUUAAUGGGACUGCUGGUGUGUGGAGGAUAAAGGCCUUGGAGGAGUCUGGUGGGUGGUUGGAGAGAACCACCGUUGAGGACAUGGACAUCGCUGUUCGGGCUCAUCUUCAUGGAUGGAAGUUCAUUUUCCUCAAUGAUGUGGAGUGCCAAUGCGAAGUACCUGAAUCUUAUGAAGCUUAUAGGAAACAGCAACACAGGUGGCAUUCGGGGCCUAUGCAAUUGUUUCGUCUCUGUUUACCUGCCAUUAUCCGAUCAAAGAUUAGCAUUUGGAAGAAGGGCAAUUUGAUUUUCCUCUUCUUCCUGCUAAGAAAACUGAUACUACCAUUUUACUCAUUCACCCUUUUUUGCAUAAUCCUCCCUAUGACAAUGUUCAUCCCCGAGGCUACAUUGCCAUCAUGGGUUGUCUGUUACAUUCCAGCUACCAUGUCAUUUCUCAAUAUACUGCCCGCUCCAAAAUCAUUCCCCUUCAUUGUGCCCUAUCUUCUUUUUGAGAACACUAUGUCAGUGACCAAGUUCAAUGCCAUGAUUUCGGGUCUAUUUCAACUUGGAAGUGCAUAUGAAUGGGUUGUAACUAAGAAAUCAGGGCGCUCCUCUGAGGGUGAUCUUAUCACCUUGGUUGAGAAAGAACCAUUGUAUCAAAGGGGUGUCUCAGUGCCCGAUUUUGGGGAAAUCAGGGAAGAAAUUAAACAACAGGGGCAGAAGACUGGGAAGAAAAAGAAGCACAAUAGGAUAUACACAAAAGAGUUGGCACUAGCUUUCCUUCUAUUGACAGCUUCAGCGCGUAGCCUCUUGUCUGCUCAGGGGAUCCAUUUCUACUUCUUGCUCUUUCAGGGUGUAUCGUUCCUGCUUGUGGGCCUUGACUUGAUCGGUGAACAGGUUGGGUGAACAGAAAUUUGUAGUCUUAGUAGGGGAUACAUGAUCAAGCAAGAACAGGUGACAUGGUGCACCAGACACUGAAGCUAAGUACAUUAUGGAGAUACAGCACCUGUGGGGAAAUUGCGGAGGGCUGAGAGUGCCUCUUCCUUUUCCUCUGCACUGCAGACGCAAUAUAACACCUUGCUCGAUAGAAGAAUUUGUGUGAAAAGGAUCAUCAAAUCACUUACAUCUUGGAGGUACGGAAUCCCAUUACAAAAUGGUGAUGUUCAUUACUACAUUGAAGGUUUACCCUUUUUCUUUUUGUAAUUUCUUUCUUUUUUUUAUUGAUUCUUUCGUUUUUUUGGUCUAUUCUUUUGUAAGAAGAAUUUGUCUUUAAAACAAGAAGCAAGGAUUUUAGCACAGUUUAACUUGUAGGAAUGCAGGUUUCGGGUAUUACUCUUUAUGCUUCACAUCUUUGAUUAUAAUGUUCUUCAAUUGUUCUACAAGUUGCUCAGAACAAUGACUUCUUUUCCGGAUUCUCUAGGUAAAAUCUAUGCCUUGUAAAUGUGGAACUACUUGUUUCUCUUUUGUUGUUUUCUUGCCCUUUACUUGGUUUGAUUCAUUUUCUUCACUGUUUGAAGACUUCAAAAGUGAAGCACAAACAGUUCCAAAAAGAAAAAGAA